CUGCACAGAAUCAUCAAAACGCUGUCUGUGCCAUCAUUUUCGUACGACUCUUAUCUCGCACACGCCCUUUUAUUUGUUUCAUUUGAUACGGUUUCCUCUGUGACAGACUGUUUCUUAGGAUUUCAAUUUCUGGAUACAGUAUAAAUCACCGAGAAUAGAAAGAAAGAAAGAAUGAGAUUUUUCGUUGCUUGGCGUGUCCACAUUCACCAACAUUUGAGGCUUUUGACUUUGCUCGUUUCUUAAAUCAUGUUUGAUCCCAUGUCGGCUUGUCGUUUCUUAUUUUGGAAUUCGCAAUAAAAUUUGCCGAUUCUGGGACUAUUUUGGUUCUUGGCUUCUUUGUUGCUUGUGCUUGUGGGAGUGAAGAGAUUUUGAUGGAAAUUCUUGCAUUCAGUGGCGAAAUUGAAAUAGGGUCACUUGUAUGAUCCAAGGAUCUCUUAUUUAAGCUGCGUUCUUUUAUUUUAUUGGCAGUGCUUGAGUAUUUGUUUCUCAUUGAAACUAGCAGAAGCAAUGUCGAAAAUAAUGGAAUCUAAACAGUCUGCACCAAGUGUCAUUGCAAGGUUGAUGGGUUUUGGAGAACUUCAUCCUCAGCAGCCUGUGCAAAAAAGACAGAGAGUAUUGUCUGAGAAUUAUCUACGAAGAGUUGCUUCUAUUGGUGUGCGAGAGAGACAUUCAUUUCAUGCACGAAAUUCAUUUAGGCUUGGCUGUGACGAGCAGAAAAAAUGCAAGGAUGUAUUUGGAGUAUCAGAGACAUUAAAGAAUGAAAAGCACCAUCUUCUGCCAGUUUCAAAAAGGAAAUUAAAAUCAGAUUCUUCAGAGGUAAAUAGGACCUUGAUGAGGCAGAAGUCCAGAUUUGAAAAAUGUGUCACAGCCGACAAGAAGCUUCAACUUUCAAUCAAAGAUUGUGAGGCAUAUGAAGUAAUUGAUUCAGAGAUGGAUUUUUCUCCAAAGUAUUUCAAGGAUCCUGAUGUCCUGAUUAUGAAGCCACUCAAUGAUUGGCAAUUUAUCCCUUCCCCUUCUCAGUCAGGGCACAUUCCUAUCUCAAAUUCAUCACCUUUUUCAGAUUUUAGAGAGACCAAGGUACACAGGAGAUUUUGGAGGAUGGGCAGACGAGGAUAUGUUGAAUCCAAUGAGAAAAUCAAGAAUGGCCUAUCUACAGGUUCCUAUGGAGAACUUGGUAUCGUUAAUGUCAGUAAGUUCCCCAGAUCUUCAUUUGACUUCGCCAAUAGAAGAUGUAUCCCCACUACAAGGGUUGCUGUUUUAAAAUCGUACCCUGAAAGUCCGCAAAAUUCUGCGAGUCAAUUUUCUUCAUCAACUACAACUCAUGGCUUUCAGUUAGGUGACAGGAAGCACACAGAUAUUCUUAAUCCUGGAAGUGGAAAUUUAUUUAUUGAAGAAGGAAGAAAAAACAUAGCUGAUGAUAGGAAAUCCCGUAGACCAAGGUCUAGCUUUUCAAAUGAAAGUAAUCGACAAAUGGAACAUGGUUUAAGCAUCAUGUCUGCAAGGGUACCAGAAUUGGAAACUGGAAGUAGCGCCACUACUCACGAAGUUGAUCACACAGUACAAGGAAACUUGGUGACUGAGGAGUUAGAGGUCACACUCGAGGAUAAGGAUCAGUCUGAGCAGAAUUGUGUGGUUUCAAGGUCAUCAUUACAUGAUGUUGCGUCCAUUAGUGUGGUUCUUAAUAUACUGUCUGAUCCAGAAACUGAAGCUGUUGGCAAGUCUUUCGUAAUUGUUGAGAAGCAUUAUGGAUCUACUGAGCAUAUCUUGGAGAAAGAUGAUAGUUCUUCUUCUUAUUCCCCAGAGAAAUCAAUUCAACAGGAUAUGCCAAGUGGGGUCUCUGAAGAAGGUUCUGUUUCUUCAUGUUGCUCUGGCACAGAAUUUGAGUCUCCUAUGAGCUUGGAGGAUGCUUAUCAGCCUAGCCCAGUUUCAGUCCUGGAGCCAAUUUGUGAGAACGAUAUUUCAUCUUGCUCAGAAAGCUUUCAGAAUGGUGGUGUUGAUUUACAAGGUUUACAGCUGCAACUCGAAAUUUUGAAAUCUGCGGUGUCAGAUGCAUACUCAGAAGGAUCUGGGAUGAUUGUGUCUAGUGAUGAAGAUUCUGGGGAAGUUGUAUCUAUUGGCUACUCUGAGGAAUAUGAAGAUUCAUUCAAAGAAGAGAGUAAAGAGUUCUCCUAUCUGGUUGACGUCUUUAGUGAGGCAGGUUUUUGGAGCAGGAAUCCCUUUGUUGGCUCUGAUAAAUGCCAUUCUCAGGAAUGCCUGAUAGACCCUUCCGUCUUUGAGACAGUGGAGAAGAAAUAUGGCGUGCAGAAAUCAUGGAAGAGAUCAGAAAGGAGGCUUUUAUUUGACCAUAUAAAUUCUGGACUAAUGGAGAUAUUGCAUUCAUGCACGGGUGUGUUUUCGCGGACAAAGCGUGUAGGAAGAAGGCUUAGUUUUAGGCAUAGCCAUGAGACAAUUAUGGAGGAGCUGUGGAGCUUGCUGGUCAGCCAAGAAAAACAAGCGUUCAAGGAAUCAGAGAAGGUGCUGGGAAACGAUGAUGGGUGGCUGGAUUUGGGAGAUGAAGUUGAGGUAAUCGGUAUAGAAAUAGAGAAUUCUUUGAUUGAUGAACUGGCAGCAGAGUUAGUCAGCAUAGAAAAUUUGUGAUAUUUUUUUAAAAUUCUUGCAUUUAUCAUCAUCAGAAAACCUCAGGGUAUAGAGAAAUAGUAUCAUUAUUGCAUGUAAAUCUAUUGUUCUGCACCAUAUAAGAGAGUUGUAACUAGGAAAAAAGUUUUGAUAGAGUGAGUUUUGAAUUAGCAUGUUAGAUUUAAGUGGGGCAUUAUUGGCUUAUAAACGUCUAUAGUCUAUACUGCUGUCAAAAUGUUUCAAGGCAGUGUAUACCAUUUGUUCUUUGCGGAAAUUCAGUGACAUUCAGUUUUUUAGCAGAGUGUGUUGAACUUUUACAGCUGUGUGUAAAAUCUUACGAUUUUAUGGUUUGAUUUUA